AUGGCUGAUCACGAGUCCGAGGCAGCCCAGCUGCACCAGCAAUUCGGCGCUGCUGAACCUCAGCAUGAGAAAAAGGACUUGGCCGGAGGAUCUCUGGGCAAGGAUACUGAAGCCGAAGUGCGAUCUAUCGAAGCUGGAUACGUGAACAAGGAGGGUUACCUCCACGAAACACCCCUCGGCGAAGAGCCAACGGAAGAAGAGAAGCGGACGCUGAGACAUGUGGCCGAAUCCCUUCCUAUUUCGGCUUGGCUUGUUGCCGUUGUGGAACUCUGCGAACGUUUCACAUACUACGGCAUGCAGGGUUUGUUCCAAAACUAUGUCCAAAGGCCUCUGGAUGGAAGUUUGGGCCAGGGUGCCCUUGUCACUCCCAUUUUCGGAGCUAUUGUUGCCGAUCAGUAUCUCGGAAAAUAUAUGGCCAUUUUCUACUUCUGUAUCGUUUACGUCGCUGGUCUCUUAAUUUUACUCUUCACCUCGUUGCCGAUCUCACUUCAACAUGGUGCCGGUCUGGGUGGAUUUAUUGCGGCCAUUAUCGUUGUCGGUAUCGGAACUGGUGGCAUCAAAUCCAACGUCGCCCCAUUGAUUGCUGAUCAAUACAAGCGAAAGACGAUGGCAAUCGGGGUCACAAAAGAAGGAGAACGUGUUAUCCUCGACCCUGGUUUGACCAUUCAACGCAUCUACAUGAUCUUCUACGGUUGUAUCAACGUCGGCUCUCUCUCCCUGCUUGCAACCCCUUAUAUGGAACGCGAUAUUGGCUUCUGGUCAGCCUUCCUCUUGUGUCUCUGUGUCUUCGUGACUGGUACCAUCGUUCUAGUGUUUGGACGCAAAUUCUACGUUGUCCGCCCUCCUACGGGAUCAAUCAUCACCAAUGCGUUCAAGGCUGUUGGAAUGAUGAUUGUCAACCGAAACAUGGACGCUCCCAAACCGACAUGGCAAGCCGAGCACGGUUCCAGCCGCACACUCCCAUGGGAUGACCACUUUAUCGAUGAAUUGAAGCGUGCCUUGGUUGCUUGCAAGGUUUUCACCUUCUACCCCAUUUACUGGGUGGUGUACGGUCAAUUCUCUGGUAACUUUGUCUCGCAAGCUGGCCAAAUGGAACAUCAUGGUAUCCCCAACGAUUUGAUGCAAAACUUCGAUCCCAUUUCCAUUAUUAUUUUCCUCCCAAUCCUUGACAGGAUUGUCUAUCCUCUUCUCCAGAAGAUGCACAUCCCCUUCCGCCCUAUUACUCGUAUCGCCCUUGGUUUCGUGGUUGCCUCCUUGGCCAUGAUGUACGCCGCUAUUGUUCAGCAUCUCAUCUACACUUCUCCGCCGUGCUAUAACCAGCCGAACUGUGACCUCGCGCUUGUGAACGGCGUCCGGGAAGGAAACAAGGUCCACAUCGCAGUUCAGACGCCUGCAUAUAUGCUCAUUGGUAUCUCCGAAAUCUUCGCAUCUGUCUCUGGGCUGGAGUAUGCGUACACCAAGGCGCCACCGACGAUGAAGAGUUUCGUCCAGUCCAUGUACUUGCUGACCAAUGCAUUUGGUGCUGCUAUCGGUGAGGCCUUGACGCCUGUUGCUCAUGACCCUGAAAUCAUUUGGAUGUUUGUUGGGCUAUGCGUUGCGUCAUUCUGUGCGGGUAUCAUUUUCUGGAUCGUCUUCCACCACCUGAACGCCAAGGAAGACGAUAUGAAUGCGUUGGACAAAGACGAGUAUGGAAGUGAUGGUCGUUAA